AUGGAGAAAGUGAAGGAGGAGGAGAUGGAGAGACAGGUAAGUAUGGCAAAGAGUUGGAAGGAGGAGAGAGGAAGGCAGGAGAGUGAGAGAGGAGAGAGAUUGAGGAGGAUAUAUGGAAAGGGGAUGCACAGAGAGAGACAAAGGAGCAGGAGGGAGAUGGUAGGACAGGAGUCAGAGGAGAGGCAAAGGAAAGAGAGACAGGAGAGGGAGGAGGGUGAAGGACAGAAGCAGGAAGAGAGGGAGAGGCAGGAGAGGAUGGGCAGGAGAAGGAGGCAACAGGAAAGGAUGGGACAGAUGCAGGAGGACAGACAGGAGCAGGUAGUAAGAGAGGACAGAGAGAGACAGGAGGUGAUAAGAGAAGACUCACAACCCCGGAGGGGCAUCAUUUCUAGACUUAAGCUCUGCUACAUGGAACACAGCAGAAACAAGAUCAUGACAGCUGUGUCCAAGGCCAAGGAGAAGAGUGAGAUGCUUCAAAGGAAACAGGAAGCUUUAGAGAAGAAGAUCAGUCAGAAGAAGGAGCAGGGACUUAAGAAGAGAAAUGAAGAGGGAGGAGACGUUCAGAAGACAGAGGGAAAGGGGGAGCAGAGGGAAAGCAGAAACAAGAUCAUGAAAGCUGUGUCCAAGAGCAAGGAGAAGAGUGAGAUGCUUCAAAGGAAACAGGAAGUUUUAGAGAAGAAGAUCAGUCAGAAGAAGGAGCAGGGACUUAAGAAGAGAAAUGAAGAGGGAGGAGACGUUCAGAAGACAGAGGGAAAGGGGGAGCAGAGGGAAAGGCAGGAGAAUGGGAGACAGGAGCAGCAGAGGGAAAGAGGGGAGAGGGUGUUACAGUUAAAGAGGGAAAGAAAGGAGAGGGUAAUACAGGAGCAGAGGGAAAGAGAAGAGAGCAGGACACAGGAGCAAAGCAAAAGAGAGGAGAGAGUGAUACAGGAGCAGCAGGAAGGAGAGUUGAGAAGGGGACAGGAGGAAAGAGAGGAGAGGGAGGGACAGAAAAAGAAGCAAGGGGAUGGGAAGGAGAGCAAGAGAAAGGAGCGGGAGGUGAAAGAGAUAGAGGAGUGUAUAGAUAGAUUUUUACAGGAAGACAUAGAGAGUUUGGAGCAGGAGGAGAGACACGAGCAGAUAGAGAGAGAGAGCAAGGAGCAGACAGAGAGGGUGGCCCCUAAGUCUAUAAUGAUAGUUGGAAAGAAGAGGGAGCAAGGGCAGGAAAAAAAGGUGACAUGGCGGGAGGAGAUAGAGACAGUUAAGUAUGUAGAUAAGUAUAUAGAAUACUUAGAGAUUUGGGAGCAGGAGGAGCAGAAGCAAAGAGAAAGAGCAGAGAGGGUGUUACAGCAGAAGAGGGAAAGAGAGGCAAGGUUAGUACAGAAGCAGAUGGAAAGGCAGAGGUGGAGACAGGAGCAAAGGGAAAGAGAAGAGAUGCUGAUACAGGAGCAGUUGGAAAGAGAGGAGGAAAGAGAGGAGAGAAGGAAACAGGACAAAGAUGGGAAGAAAAGGGAGAAGAGGGGGAUACAGGAGCAGAUAGAGAGGGAGAGUGAGGAGCAGACAGAGAGGCAGAUGACUGAGAGGAUACAGACAGUUCAAACGAAGGGGGACGAACAGCAGAACAAAGAAGUGACAUGGCAGGAGAUGAGAGAGGAUAAAGAUAGAAUGUUACAGGAAGACAUAGAGAGUUCGAGGCAGGAGGAGAGACAGAAGCAGAGGGAAGGAGAGGAGAAGGUGAGACAGGAAAAGGAGCGAAGGAAAAGAGAGGAGAGAGAAAGAAAGGAGCAGGAGGAGAAAGAGAUACAGGAGUAUAUAGAUAGUAUGUUACAGGGAGACUUAGAGGGUUGGGAGCAGGAGGAGAGGCCUGAGCAGGAGCGAAGGGAAAGAGAAGAGAGAGAAAGAAAGGAGCGGGAGGAGAUGGAGCUAGAGGAGUAUAUAGAUAGAAUGUUAGAGGAAGACUUAGAGGGUUGGGAGCAGGAGGAGAAGCCUGAACAGGAGCAAAGAGAAAGAAUAGUGAGAAGGAGACAGGACCAAGUCCAGGAGAAAAGACAGGAGAAGGGCAGACAGGAGCAGAUAGAGAGGGAGAGCAAGAAGAAGACAGAGUGGGAGGCCUCUAAGUCGAUACUGAUGGUUGGAAGGAAGAGGGAGCAAGGGCAGAAAAAAAAAGUGACAUGGCGGGAGGAAAUAGAGACAGUUAAGUAUGUAGAUAAGUAUAUAGCAUACUUGAAGGGUUGGGAGCAGGAGGAGAUGUAUGAGCAGGAGCAAAGGGAAAGAAAGGAGGGAGAAAGACAGGAGCAUAGGGAAAGAGAUAAGAGAGAGACAAAGGAGUGUGAGGAGAAGGAGAUAGAGGAGUAUACACAUAGUAUGUUACAGGAAGACUUUGAGGGUUGGGAGCAGGAGGAGAGGCUUGAGCAGGAACAAAGGGAAAGACAAGAGAGAAGGAGACAGGACCAAGACCAGGAGAAUAGACAGGAGAAGGGGAGACAGGAGCAGAUAGAAAGGGAGGCCCCUAAGUCUAUACUGAUAGUUGGAAAGAAGAGGGAGCAAGGGCAGAAAAAAAAGGUGACAUGGCGGGAGGAGAUAGAGACAGUCAAGUAUGUAGAUAAGUAUAUAGAAUACUUAGAGAUUUGGGAGCAGGAUGAGCAGAAGCAAAGAGAAAGAGCGGAGAGGGUGUUACAGCGGAAGAGGGAAAGAGAGGCAAGGUUAGUACAGAAGCAGAUGGAAAGGCAGAGGUGGAGACAGGAGCAAAGGGAAAGAGAAGAGAUGCUGAUACAGGAGCAGUUGGAAAGAGAGGUCAUUGAUACUAAGCAGAACACAGGGUUCAGGUCCAGAGGUUCAGGUCCUGAAGAACCAGCUGUGAGAGAUGGAGAGGAUGAUUUACUGAUAAGGAGGUAA